AUGAAAGAUUAUAAAGACAAAACUAAAAAUAAUCUCUAUAUAACGAACAAAAUAAAUGAUGAAUUAAAAAAUGAAAUAAUUAACUACACAGUAUUUAACACAUGCAUUUCACUUUUAUCAGGAGUUCAAAUAAAAUGUUUAGGUAAAAAAGAAAAAAAGAAAAAGAAAGAAAAAGAUGAAACUAAUGUGACUUGUUUUAAACAAAUACAAACUAUACAUAAUACAUUUAAAAAGAAUUAUUUAGAAGAUUAUGAAAUGUUUAAUAUAUCACCUAAAAAGGCUUUUCACAGUGAAAGUGCAUAUAAUGCUGUUUCUUUUUAUAAAAAAAAAAAUCAAAAUUAA